UUUUAUGAAACUGCAAAUUUCCAUGGCAACCUAAAAAGGAUUUGAGGUGUCAGGUGUUAUUCUUAUUCAGUACGACAAAAAAGGCAGACCUGGACUGGGCAGCAUAAUAAUUACAAUAACUUUAAUAAAUUAGUGAUUCAAUUAGAAAACAUAAUAACUACACGUCAAGAUGGCACUCGUUCAAAUUCCUCGUUACAGGCCCGAUCCAUCCUGGCCGCAGCCUGAGUGGCCUUACCAUGUCUACCCUUGGAAACUCCCCACCUUUCUACCCAAUGGGGACAGGGUCCCGGAUUACAUGCCUCUCAUCGACCCUCCUCCUCCCAAAGGGCGAUUCAAAUGGCUUCCUACGUAUAAUGGGCUCCCCACAUAUGAAUCUCUCCUGCAAAAUCCCUACAGACAUUGGACUUGGUUGAUGUCAGGAGAUCUUAAGAAACUCAAAACCUCGGGCUAUAAAAAGAUUCCAAAAUACUUCAAAGAUAAACUCAUGUACUUUCAACGUUUCGACCAGGAAUAUAUUUUUCACAGCCGUGGAAAGUUUUACGGUACGGCAUGGACUAUUCCAAAUUACGCACGGUAUUCCUACAGCUUUUACCGCAAGGAGAACAAAGGGCUCCGGAAGUGGGGGCCAAAAUCUUUAGAUCAUUUGGCCAAACCAUACCAUCUUAUUUACGAUUCUCGAUUUCAACACCCAACUUCUCAUUUGUUAUAUUCUGUAGUUCGUAUUAAUCCCAAAGCGACAACUGAAUCUCGGCGCAAAUUCUAUUGUUCUAAUUGGGCCAAGAAUGUGACCAACAUGGCAAGAAUGGUCGAGUCCUCUGCGGCUGAUCAGCAUCAAAUUAUAAUUAUUGAGCAGACUCCACUUGCAGAUUUAUUGAUGAAAAGAAUCAUGUAUGGAUCGAAUUUAAGCGAUAUGUGCAUCUGGAUGUGUUUGGCAACCAUAAUCAGUUGCCAUUAUCGCAUCCGAUGGCCGAGCAUGUACCUCUUUCCUUGUCUGGUUGGCGUCUACUGUUGGCACGUUUACAAAUGGGAGUACCGACACGACCCAAGUUGGAGGUAUGGUUUCUGGACGACUUGGGUAAAUGAUCCAACGGAACAUGAGCACUUUGAAGAACAUCUCGAUGUCCACUCGGAACUUUUACUCCACGAAAGGAUGACUUUCAUGCAGCUUGAGAAUAUGAGCUAUCGGCGACCAGUUAACUCAAUAUUUACAAAAAUAUCAGUUCUGUGGGCAUUGAGAACAAUGAUGAAACGGAUCAGGUACAGGGGUGUGGCUGAGGAUAUGGCAUGGGACGCGUUGCAAUACAAAGUCUGUAACAAUUCUGGCUUAGCAAUUCGUACCAUUCACCGAUUGACGCACUCUUUUAACGCUCACUGCAGUUUUGACGCUGAAAUGGGCACUGGAGGGAAUUUGUUAUUUUGGACCAGCUUUGUGAUCAUGUACCUUUUCUUCAUUCCACCCAUGAUAAUCAGAAUUCAGAAACGCUUCGACUGGAAAACUAGGGCACGGCUCAUCAUCAAUCAGGUCGCUUACCGCGCUAUGAAAGGUGAGAGAAGAUACAUGAGAUUAAUUCAACCCAUGUAUUGGCUUUACCGUUGGGCAUAUCCUACUGACAGGAUGGGUCGAAGAGACUACUGGUAUUUGUCAAGUAAGUAUCGUCACACUCCAGGAUCGCAUCAGUUCUACUACUAACUAAUUAUACGUUUUGAUGCUAAUAAAUACACAUAUAUUGUGUAUGUAUGUAUACAUUUAGUGGAAAUUAUGCUUGUCAGUAAAUUAGUAAACUAAUAUUAAUAAUGCGCUAAUUGUAACGCCUAGUUUGGCCACCACUGAUCAGGAAUAAUAAUAUGUCAGCAUAAUAA